AUGAACUUUAUUUGUUCAUCACAUUUUUAUUUUCUCUCUUGUUUCAUUCUUCUCACAUUCAUGACUUCUCAAAAUGAUGCAAGUGUUGGGUCAACUUCCUGUCAAGAGAUCGGAAAAUCGAUUUUUCAACAUUCGUAUGAACAAAUAAUUGAGAAACUUGAAGAGGUGUUCAGCCAAAAGCCAAAUCCAGAAAAUGAUGUGAUAGAGCAAUUGAGUGAAGAGCUAGGGCUUGAUACAACACAAGUCAAGAUUUGGUUUUAUAACAAAGGAUACUACAUCAAGGCCCAACAAAUUAUGAAAGAAGAAAGUGAGAUUGAUCGUUUGAAAAACAAAAUAAUGUAUUCAGAGAAUUUUCAUAUAUGUUUGGAUUUGAAGGAACAAUUUUGUGCUGCUAGCAACAAUCCUGAGCAACAACGAGCUAUCCUACGAGACUUGCUAAAUGAAUAUGCUAAAUUUGGAGAAGAUGUUAUGAUGAUAUCGAAGAUAAUUGAUCACUUCAUUGAAUAUAUCGAAGGAUAUCAGAUGUUCUUUUCCGAAUUUGAAUCCAAGCUAGAUAAUCUUUAUAACUACAAAGAUCCGAAUGGCCUAGAUUUGGAGCUUAGAUUGGGAUUGAAAAGUGAUUAAUAAAAGGAUUAAGUGGUAAGCAUGAACAAGCUUUUUUUAGUAUUCUCUCAAGUUUAAUCAUGCAACUAUGUUAUCUGC